CCGGUAUCAGAGAAAUAUACGCCUAUAUAGUCGCUGUCGUUGCUUGAAGAUACGCUCUUAUGCCAAAGUGUAAGCUUGGUGCUCCUCACACCACAGGCAACUAGCCAACGACAACUACAGGUAAAGACCUUCACUCUGACAGUCCUUAACCGUUACUGAUUAGAAAGUAUUAAGGCAUCCACCAGCUAGCUCUGCGCACCGCGAGCAUCUGGAACCUUGGCGAGUCAUCUUCAACCUUCUUGUUAGGCUGUAGUAACUUCCCGUGCAUUCUUGACGGGCUAUAGUGGACAUACUGUACUAGGAAUCAUGGCUUGCCCGCUGCACAAGCGAGUGCCAGCGGGCAAUGGCUUUGUUUGCAGUCGCUCGGUGUUUUUUUGCUCAGCUAAGGGCCAACGGAUUGGAGGAGAGACAUUUGUCCCGCAUGCGUACGAGAGCUCUAGUAACUCAGCCACGGUCACAACAUCAUACUUGGAGCCUGGCAGCAGCAAGACCGGAGCGAUUAGGGUCAAAGUCACCCCGCCACGUGAAAUUUCGCAACCGCCGUCCCCGCCUUCUCUGAUCCAUAGCCCCGUCUACGUCCAAAAGGCAAUUACAAAACCUUCGGCUGAUUCCACACCGGCGCCCACGGCCGCCCCCUCACGGCUCCCAGACACGGACGACGGGCAGGACGCCGACAAUGGCGACAACAGCCUUCUGUGGGCUCUGAAGCAGGUGGAUCGCUCCCUAGACGAGCUGGAGCAGAACCCGCUACCGCUGCAGAAGGAGAUUUACGAGCUCAGUCGCAGCCCCGCAGCCACCGCCACCUCCUCUGCCAUUUCCACUGCGGCCCGGGUAACGGUGGCAGCGACGAAGGAGGCGGUCAAGGCUGCCGUACCGGUGGGGCAGUGGAUGGUCAGGGAGGGCGCCAAGGCCGCCGUCUCCAUCAUGUCGCGCGCUAUGGCAGAGAGUGCCAAGCUCAAACAGCAGCAGCAACAACAACAGCAGCAAAAGACGACAGCAAGUUCAGAAAAGCAGCAGGAAGGCCGAAAAGACGGCGCUAGCAGGAAGCGGCAGGGGCUGUAG